CCCCGCCCUUUUUGGAUCGGGUAAGUGUGACGGGAACAGUUUUAAAAGUUUAAAAACGUGCCAGUGCGUGCUGUAGAUAGAGAAGGUUACUGUCUGAGCUAGCUAUAAGACCAUUUCUAGGAGUCGACAGAGAGAGGGACACUGUGGGGUGAGAGGAUACAGCCCGAGAAUGGCGCUCACCACUGUCGCCCUAUGCCUGCUACUCUGUGCCAACGUGUACUCGUUCCAGUUCACAGAGAGGACACUGUGUAGCUCAGAGCAGACGUCAGCCAUGAUGAAUGAGUGUUUCCAAUUGGUCAAUAAAGUACAGGUCAAUACGUACCAAGAACAGCUUUGUCGGUCCCUUUCCACCCCCUUCCCGCCGAGAAUGCCCACCGGAGCUAGUGUCCAGCCAACUGACUCUGUGUUGGGAGGACAUCCAAUCAGUCGGACCUUCCAUCGAAAACGUCUGCAGGGCCCAAAGGCGUUUGCUCAACUGUAUAGACAACGUGACCCGCAACUGCCCUAGCGUGGACGCCACGGCAACAGAAACCAUCAACAACGUUCGAGGAGACUACGCAAAGUACUGUCAAACAAAGAACAACAGGGCCACAGAGAACAAUAACUGAGGUGUGACUCAAUGGAAGACAAACCAAGAAGACCUAGCCAUGAGUCAUAUUAUCUCAAAGAUAUUUGUCAUGUCACUCAUAAUUGAUCAAUGAUGUCUUCUUAUCUCAAUUAUGCUUUCUUUUUUCAGUGGUCUUCAUAUCUUAAUGACGCCUUCUUAUUUCAAUUCUGCAUUAUUAUCUCAACUCCUUGUCAUCCCAGUAAUGUCUUGUUGUCUCGUGUAUGCAUUAUUAUCUCUAUGUCUCGUUAGCUCAAUAAUGUCUUGUUAUCUCAGUGUCUUUUUAUCUCAAUGAUGUCUUCUAUCUCAAUUAUGUAUUAUUAUCUCAAUAGUGUCUUGUUAUCUCAAUGUCUUAUUAUCUCAAUAAUGUCAUGUCUUCUUACCUCAAUAAUGUCUUGUUAUCUCAAUGAACUGUUGAAAAUAUAAAACAUCGUCUCUUUAUCCAAUACCUCCAUACUUGUCAAUAGGGCCCAUACCAUAUGACUUGGACACAAACAACAAUACAAAGAAAAUAAACAUUUCGCCCAAUGGCA